ACGUCGAUCCAGGGACGCUGCAUGUUUUUUACGGAAGUAAAUAUGGUCCAGCUUGUAGGGGUCCCCUCUUUUUAUUAUUUUAUAUCAACAGAGGAGUGCUGUGGGAGGAAGUAGAAAUAUUUGGGGGAAAGACGUUUUUCGAUCUUUUUAUAUCAUGGAGACGUCUACUAAUGAUGACGUAACGCAAAUGUCUCCUAAAUAUACCGUCAGUUAAUUGCCGCAUGUAAUAAAUAAAUCCUUUGUUUGACAUCACAUACAUAUCCGAUGUAUAUCUACAUACGAAAGAGGCCCAGGUCAGAAUAGAAAAAAAAUAUUAAUUGUACUGUUCUACACGACAUGAAAAAACAUACGGUUUGCAACAGAUGUUCCGGAUUAGCCGAGGACUCCAGGUUUAAAGAUGUCAGCUCCGUCAUACGUGAUCACCGCUCUUGUGUAAAAUUUAUGACCGCGAAUAUAUGUCGCGGCAGGAGUAAAUGCUCGCUUUUUUUCUGAUGCACCUCACGGCGCCAUCUUGUGUCCUCUUUUUCCGUCAUAGCUGCAAACGAAGACGUGGAUAAUAAACAGAGCUCCGUUUUGAGCGUAAAAGUGCUGGGUUUAUCGUUUGAAAAUGUGUAAAGUAGAAAUACUGAGAGCAUUGCUGAAUCAGCGCCUAAAUGCAGCUGUCGAGGAGGUAGUUGGAGUUUUUGCAAGGACGAUAGCAGAGUACGAGGAGGAACUUUGUCGAACAAGAGAGGAGAACGAGCGACAACGUCAACUGUUGGACGCUGUUGUCAACAAGCAAAACGUGUUACACGUAACAGACAUCAGUGAAGAAAAUCUUCAUUCUGAGCAGCAGGAGUGGAGCUCCUGGGUGGGCCAGCAAGAGCGAGAACAUCUCAACAUUAAAAAGGAAGAGAAGGAGGAGGAUAUCAUCAAGUUGCCAUUGAUAUAUGUCCCUUUGACGAGUGAGGUUGAAGCCAAAGGUGAGAACAGAGUGCAGGAGUCUCCGAGCAGCAGCUCAAGUCACCACUUGAAAACGGAAGUUGAUGGAGACCACCGUGGAGGAUCCCAGGCAGAAAGUUGGCUACCUCCACUCUCAAAUCGUGGCGACAUGUCUGACAUUGGUCAUGAACAUUCUCAAGGUGGUACCACAUAUCACAUUGACAACCAAGUUUUGGCAUGUCCUCAGUGUGACAAAUCUUCUUUCAAAAGACACAUGAGAACUCACAGUGAUAAUGACUGGACAUGUCAUGAAUAUGACACCAAUUUCCCUAACCAGACUGAUUUGAAAGGACACAUGAGAAGUCAUACUGGAGAGAAGCCAUUGUCCUGCACAGUGUGUUUUAAAGAAUUUGAGUACAGAGGAACUUUGACAGCGCACAUGAGAACACACACCGGUGAGAGGCCAUUUGCGUGUGCAGUAUGUGGUCAGCGAUUCUCAGUACGAUCAAAUAUGGUGAAGCACAUGUUAAUACAUACUGGGGAGAAACCUUUUGCCUGCUCGGUGUGCGGUCUCAGAGUAAAUCAAAAGGCUAGUUUAAUAACCCACAUGAGAACGCACACUGGGGAGAAACCAUUUUCCUGCUCAAGUUGCAGGAAAUGUUUUUCCGAUCGCUCCUCACAAAUUCGACACAUGAGAAUGCACACGGGUGAGAAAUUGUUCAGUUGCAGCGUGUGUGAUCAAAGAUUUUCUCGUAAGUACAAGCUGAACCAGCACAAGUGUGCUGGGAGGAAGUAAAGUUGAAAGAGACUGACAUUUUUAACAUUGCUGCACAAAAUGUGUGAUUCUGCCAUCGUGUGUGUGUGUGUGUGUGUGUGUGUGUGUGUGUGUGUGUGUGUGUGUG